AAACUAAUUCAUUUCAGAGCAGUCAACGCAUCGAGAACGUUGUACCAAGAACUGUGAUCCGCUAAAAUGAAAGUCCUUGUGCUAGUUUUGUUCAGCCUGGCGCUGGUCGCCGCCGACGUUUCCCAUCUGUUUGGCCACGAGCAUCACCAUCACCAUCAUGAGGAGCGGGCGCAUCCUGGCUAUAACUAUGAACCACCGAGCAUACCAUUCGAGCUGCCAACACCAGCACCUGUUUACCUGCCCGUUAAGCAGCCCGAGGUGCCGCAGCCCACCUACUUGCCACCACAGCAGCCAAAGCCGACCUAUCUGCCACCUACACCACCCAAACCAGUAUAUUUGCCGCCCGCACCACAAGUGCAUGAAGUGCUGCAGCCUGAGACCUACUUGCCACCCACCCCAGUGGCGCCCACCUACGAGAUACCCAUACCAUCAUAUGCCGCACCACUGGAACCGAACCACGUCUACCUGCCACCGCAGCAGAUUGUGGAGCCACACAGCAACGAUGGAUACCACUACAAUAAACCAGCUACGCCCUUCUUCUACUAAGCCAAUUGUUUAAGCCAAGUUUGCCAACUGAUAUUACGCCAUGUGUAUAUACCUAACUGUAUCGCUCUAUUUGUAUUUGUAAAUUGUCCAGUUAAUUA